CUGCAGUGCACUGCAGUCUGGCGCAGGCGAGCGCAGGCAGCAUGACUGCCGCCAAGCCCGAAAUCCACUACCAACUGCAGUGUGUGAAAUAUCCAACUUCGCACCUGGCCACGACAAGCCGCGACCGAACCGGGACAACACCCUGCCGGCAAUCGACUCGGUCAUAUCUGGAACAUCUCGUUCCUGAGUCUCGACGGAUCAUUGACUUGAUCUUGUUUCUAGACUCGAAUACAAAGCCGUCGAGAUGCCGCCACCACCGCAUAUUCGACCUGAGAACGUGCUCAGACGAGCACAAGAACUCAUUGCUGUCGACCAACCUCAAGCCGCUCUCAAUGUCCUUCACGAACAUGUCACCUCGAAGCGCUCCAGGAACAGCGCCAUCUCCUCAUUGGAGCCGGUUAUGCUCCUUUUCGUCGAACUAUGUGUCGACCUUCGGAAGGGCAAAGCUGCCAAGGAUGGACUCUAUCAGUACAAAAACAUUGCCCAAAACACAAACGUGGGAACGAUUGAAUUGGUUCUGAAAAGAUUUAUCGAACUCGCCGAACAAAAGGUGCAAGAGGCCCAGGCCAAAGCCGACCAGGUUCAGUCAUCCCUCGAAUCGGCCGCAUCCUCUACAAACCUCAACAUUGAAGAUUUGGAGGCUACCGAGACCCCUGAGACCAUUCUUCUGGCCACGGUUUCCGGCGAACAAUCCAAAGACCGAACCGAUCGCGCGAUCGUCACACCAUGGCUCAAGUUUUUGUGGGAAACUUACCGCACCGUACUGGAGAUCUUGAAGAACAAUGCUCGCCUCGAAGUCAUGUACCAAAGUACUGCUCAUCAGGCCUUCGAUUUCUGCCUGAAGUACACGAGAAAGACUGAAUUCCGUCGUCUGUGCGAACUCCUGCGAAAUCACGUUCAAAAUGCGGCAAAGUACUCAUCCCAGAUGCAUGCCAUCAAUCUCAGUGAGCCUGAUACCUUGCAACGCCAUCUCGAGACACGCUUUCGUCAAUUGAAUGUGGCGGACGAACUCGAACUAUGGCAGGAGGCUUUCCGCAGUGUCGAGGACAUCCACAUGUUACUUACACUUUCAAAGCGGCCUGCAAAGAAUGUCAUGAUGGCCAACUACUAUGAGAAAUUGACCAAGAUCUUCCUGGUCAGCGACAACUUCUUGUUCCAUGCUGCCGCAUACAACAAAUACUACAACCUCCUUCGUCAGUCAGCGAGUGCAGUCGCCGCAGGGCAGACACCCAAACGUGAUAACCCCGUGGUCACAGAGGAGGCCUUGACCAAAGCUGCCUCCUUUGUCCUGCUUUCUGCUCUGGCAAUCCCGGUCAUCAGCACAUCCCGAUCACGCGGAGUCCUUGUCGAUGUUGAUGAGGCCCGAAAGAACAAGAACAAUCGUCUGACCAACCUCCUCAGCAUGCCUUCCGCUCCUACACGGGCUGCUCUAUUCAAGGACAUUCUCAACAAGGGUCUGCUGAAGAGGGCAAGACCGGAAAUUCGAGACCUCUACAACAUCCUUGAAGUCGACUUCCAUCCAUUGUCCAUCUGCAAGAAGAUUUCUCCGAUCCUUGCCCAGAUUGGCGCCGAUCCUGAGAUGGAAAAAUACGUGCUUCCCCUCCAACAAGUCAUCCUCACUCGUCUCUUCCAACAACUUUCUCAGGUGUACGAAACCGUCGAGCUCAGCUUUGUCAACCGCCUUGCUCAGUUCCCUGCGCCUUUCGAGGUCACUCCUGCCAUGAUUGAGAAAUUCAUCAUGAAUGGCUGCAAAAAGGGCGACUUGUCCAUUAGGCUUGACCAUGUCUCUGGCAUUCUUUCAUUUGACUCGGACGUCUUCUCCUCUGCCAAAGCCCUUCAUCCCGGCAGCGGAGCGGGAUCUGCUGAGAGCGAGACCGGCUCUGUUCAACGCCUGCAAAAUACCCCAGCUGAGAUUGCUCGACUACAGCUCACUCGCCUGGCCAAGACUCUGCACAUCACUUGUAUGUACGUGGAUCCUUCUUACAACCAGGCCCGUCUUGCUGCUAGAGAAUCUGCCCUCGCACGAGCCCAGGCGGGUGCACAGCAAGAGCAUGAACAAACCCUCGAGAGGAGAGUCAUCAUCGAGAAGCAGAAGGAAGCCUUCUCCGAGGCUCUUUCCAAGAAGCAGAGAGAAGAGGAGACACGUCGCCGUAUCCGCGCCCAGCAGCAGGCCGAGGCUGAGUCUGCACGCCUGCGUGAAGAGACCCGUGCGCGUGAACUGAAGCGGGUCAAGGAUGAACAGGCUCGUAUUCGACGACAGGAGGUGGAGAAGCAGUUGGAAGAGCUCAAGGGUGGCAUGAAGAUCGACCUCGAAGAUAUCAAUGUCGACGAACUCGAUUCGAACGCCAUUCGAAUGCUGAAGUUGACUCAACUUGAGAAAGACAAGCAUGAGAAGGACAACCGCAUUCGCAUUACCGCCAAGCGAAUUGACCAUCUGGAACGUGCUUUCCGCCGCGAAGAACUCAAGUACCGCGAUGACGAUUAUGCAAAACAACGCGAGGAGGAUUUGAAGAUCUACGAACAAAUGAAGCAGGACAAGCUGAAGGAGGCCGAAAUGAAACACAAGGAAGGGCUCGCUCUGAAGCAUCGUCUCAGCCGACUUGUCAAGCCAUACGACUCAUUCAAGGGACAAAUUACGGAACGCCGUGCUGCCGAGUUUGAGAGGCUUCGCAAGAGAGCUGAGCGGGAGUUUGAGGAGGAGAAGAGAAAACGCAUCAAGGCCUACCACGAGGAGUUGAUCAGACAACGACAGGAGAAGGAAGAGGAAGAGCGCCGCGCGCGUGAGGAAGAGGAGCGGAGACAGCGUGAAGAAGAGGAACGAGCCAAAGCCGAAGAAGAGAAGAAGAGAAUCGCCGCCGAGAGGAGAGCUAAGGCCGAGGCUGACCGUCUGGAGCGUGAGGAAAUUGCUCGCAAGCAAAUGCAGCGCGAGGAAGAAGCGAUCGCUCGAAGGGCGGCCCGUAAAGCCGCGCCCGCGGAGUCGCAGCCCUUCUCCCGUCCGAGAGAGGCUGUUCCCAUGGACUCUCGAACCGAAUCUUCCGAAGGCCGCACCGCUCCUCGUCUCAACCUUCAACCCCCUCGUCGUCCUGGUGGCUAUGUCCCUCCUGCCCUGCGCGAAGGUGCUGGCCACAAAUCACCUGAGCCGCAUGCUGCCGUCCCUGCUGCUGCCCCUGCUGCUCAGGAGCCUGCUCAAGCUCCAUCGCGCCGUCCAGGUGGCUACGUUCCUCCUCAUCUGCGUGAAGGUGCUGCACCUCGUGCAGAGGCACCUCCUCGCGAUCUGCCAACUCGCGACCUUCCGGUGCGCAACUCGUCAGCCUCUCCCGCCAAUGGUGUCAGUGGCGGUCGAUAUGUGCCCACCCACCUUAGGGACUCUGGCCGCAGCCUGUCCCGAGAAGGUGCUGGCUCACCGGCAGCAGGAAACGGCGAUGAAGCACCAAGAAAGCCUGCCACGGGAGGAUCUGGACGCUACGUUCCGCCUAGCAUGCGGAACCGUCAGUAAUAGUGGGUCAUGGAUAUUGAGUACAGCCAUGCACGUUAGCAGGCUGGACAGUGGAUAGCUCAGGUCACCCUUGUCUUUUUCCGACCUAAAAGUGGUAUGUAUGUGUGUAUUCUAGUUUGUGGCGAAUUGAAUUGGUCGCCAUUUUCCAUAACCUGGUGACAAUGGCAUAGGACUCUUACAAGAGGGUCCUGGCUCAGAAUUGCAUGCGGUUUCCAGAAUAUCGACCAACUCUGUCAUCAUCACGUUGAUCAGUGUUAGUAGAAGAAUGGUCUUGCCGAUGGCCUCUCUUUGUCCG